GGUUGUGGGGGUAGGAAGCUAGGGUUAGAGUCUACCGGUGAGGCUAGAACCCCGAGCGUGGUCGGUUGGAGCAAAUAUGUCUAUCCGGAGGCACAUUGGGAAUCCUGAGUAUCUGACCAAAAGGAUACCACAGAACCCAAAGUAUCAGCAUAUCAAGUCAAGACUAGACACUGGUAACAGUAUGACUAAAUACAUUGAGAAGCUAGAAGAGAUCAAAAAAAAUUAUAGAUACAAAAAAGAUGAGCUUUUCAAGAGACUCAAAGUUACAACUUUUGCCCAGCUGGUCAUCCAAGUUGCUUCCCUAUCUGAUCAAACACUGGAAGUGACAGCUGAGGAGAUUCAAAGGCUAGAAGACAAUGAUUCUGCAACUUCAGAUCCUGAUGCUGAAAUCACCACCAGGACCAAUGGGAAAGGGAGCCCUGGGGAGCAGUCACCAAGCCCCGUCCAGUUCAUAAACAGCGCAGGAGCCGGGGACUCCAGCCGCUCGACUCUUCAGAGCGUCAUCAGUGGUGUUGGAGAACUGGAUCUAGACAAAGGGCUUAUGAAGAAAGCAGAGCCCAAUACCAAAGACAAACCUUACCCUGACUGCCCCUUCCUGCUGCUAGAUGUGCGAGAUAGAGAUUCUUACCAGCAAUGCCACAUUGUUGGAGCUUACAGUUACCCAAUUGCAACUCUGUCUAGAACAAUGAACCCUUAUUCAAAUGAUAUUCUUGAAUAUAAAAAUGCCCACGGCAAGAUCAUCAUUCUGUAUGAUGACGACGAGAGGCUGGCCAGCCAAGCAGCCACCACCAUGUGUGAGCGGGGAUUUGAAAACCUCUUCAUGCUUUCUGGAGGUCUAAAAGUCUUAGCUCAGAAAUUCCCAGAAGGACUGAUUACGGGUUCCCUGCCAGCAUCUUGCCAGCAGGCCCUUCCUCCUGGUUCUGCCCGGAAGCGAUCCAGCCCCAAAGUGCCGCUUCCACCAGCUGAGAAUAAAUGGAGGUUUACCCCAGAAGACCUAAAGAAGAUAGAGUAUUACCUGGAAGAGGAUCAGGGUCAUUCAGACAAUCCUAGCCGGCUAAGCCAAGCUAAUGCUUCUGGAAGAGACUCCAAGGUUCCAGGUGCUCGCAGCAGUCAGAACUUGCCCGCCAGCGGCUCAAACCCCCGCUCACUGGGCAGUGGCCAUGUGCAAGGCAAACCCUGGAAGUAAAGAUUUUGUCUGUUUUAGUCAAAUAAAUGUUUCCUCUCCUUUGAGAACCCCUGA